GAAACACACAGGAUUAAAGUCCAGGGCUGGGACUUCCUUCUCUGGGUGUUUGACAAGGACUGACGUACUCUAGGUCUUUGAAUCCCGGAAGUCCAGGACACACCCAGCCUUGGGUGCAGCAUCCUGAGUGCCGGAGCGUAGGUGAAAGGACGGAAGCAAACAACAUUUCAACAUGAGGGACCCGCUGACAGACUGCUCGUAUAAUAAGGUUUACAAGAACCUAAAGGAGUUUUCCCAAAAUGGAGAAGAUUUCUGCAAGCAGGUCACAUCCAUUCUUCAGCAAAGGGCAAACUUGGAGAUUAACUAUGCCAAAGGACUUCAGAAACUGGCAACCAAGCUGAGCAAAGCAUUGCAGAGCACAAAGAAAAACUGUCUCGUCAGUGCCUGGGCCUGGGUCUCGGAGGGCAUGAAAUCUACAGCGGACCUGCAUCAAAAACUUGGCAAAGCAAUUGAGCUGGAAGCAAUAAAACCAACUCAUCAAGUCCUAAGUGUACAUGAAAAGAAGAGAAAAUCACUUGAGAACGAAGUUGAAAAGACAGCAAAUCUUGUCAUUAGCAACUGGAAUCAACAAAUUAAGGCCAAGAAGAAAUUGAUGGUUAGUACCAAGAAGCACGAAGCACUUUUCCAGCAUGUAGAACGCUCCAGGCAAACUACGACUGAGAAGGAGAAGCAGCAGCUCCUCAGUAAACUGAAAAAAUCAACUGAGAAGUUGGCAAAAGAAGAUGAAAAUUACUACCAAAAGAAUGUGGCCAGCUGCUCUACUAGACUGAAAUGGGAGAACACACUGGAGAACUGCUUCCAGAGCAUCCUGGAGCUGGAGAAGGAAAGAAUUCAACUCUUAUGCAAUAACUUAAACCAGUACUCCCAACAUAUUUCUGGUUUUGGCCAAACCCUGACCACAUGCCACACGCAGAUUCACUGCGCCAUCAGCAAGAUCGAUGUUGAAAAAGACAUCCAGGCUCUCAUCGAGAAAACUGCAAUUUCAUCUGCAGAAAAUAAAUCUGAGUUCCUAUUAACUGAUUACUUUGAAGAAGAUCCUAAAAAUGCAAUGAGUAAAGAGCGACAAGAGUCUUCAAUAAAAUCAAAACUGCUGAGAUUGCAAAAAGACAUUGAAAAGGCCUCGAGAGACCGGGAAGGCCUGGAACGGAUGCUGAGAGCCUACACCAGCCACUCCUCCUUUUCAGACACAGAGAACCAAAAAAGCACAGCAGCCUUAAUGGACGAGACCAACUUGAAACUAGACCUUCUGCAAGCAAACUCCUACAAACUGUCAUCUGUGUUAGCAGAACUUGAGCAAAGACCUCAGCCCAGCCAUCCCUGUAGUGACUCCAUCUUCAAGUGGAAAGAAAAGCAGCAGACACAUAGUUCUGUAAAAAUAACUCGACCAUUUCUGAUGAAGAGAUUAGAGACUGUUAUGAGCAAGGCAUCUUCUGGCGGGCAAAGAAUGCCAAGUUCUUCAUCUACAGCCUCCGGUGUGACCCAGCUCGGCAAUGGUCUUUGCAAGGCCUUGUAUUCUUUCCAAGCCAGGCAAGAUGAUGAAUUGGAUUUGGAAAAAGGUGACAUUGUGACUAUACACAAGAAAAAAGAAGAAGGAUGGUGGUUUGGAUCUUUAAAGGGAAAAAAAGGCCAUUUUCCUGCCGCCUACGUGGAGGAGCUUCCAUUAAGUGCUGGGAACACAGCUUCACAAGCAUAAACAAGCUUCUGAAGGCACCGCCUUACACACUCUGUAAAUUAUACAAUGUGGUGCAAAU